AUGUGCUGCCUUUGCUGUUGCAGCAAAGGCAGUCCCGGUGCAGGAGGAGCUCCUCCUGGACGGAGCACGGGUGCCACUCCAGGAGGGAGCACCGGCAGGCCUCCAUCUACUGGAGGUGGCGGGCCUCCAGCUCUUGGGAGUGCUGGAGGUGGUGCAGGCCCUCCAUCUCCGGCCACUGGAGGUGGCAGACCUCCAGCUGCUGGUAGAGCUAGCAGUGGUAGCGGGCCUCCGGGAGGUGGUGGUGGAGGCCCUCCAUCUCCAGCUACUGGAGGUGGCCGACCUUCAGCUACUGGUAGAGCUGGUGGUGGUAGCGGGCCUCCGGGAGGUGGUGGUGGAGGCUCUCCAUCUCCAUCUACUGGAGGUGGCAGACCUCCAUCUACUAAUGGUAGAGCUGGUGGUGGCGGGCCUCCUGGAGGUGGUGGUGGUGGUGCUGGAGGCCCUCCAACUAAUGGUGGUCCGCCAUGA